AUGAUAAAUAAAAAAUUGAAUCUUUCGCUUAAGCUAAACAACUCGUUUUCUUCCUUGGGUGGGGGAGACCAACCGUUUACUCCGUUGGAACAGACGAUGAAAACGCCCAUAGACCAACCCAUGUUGUUGCACACCCCACAGCAUCACCCAGGCUACCAAAACGGACAACAUAAUGGCGGCGGUAUGGACUACUUUGCCCGAAACGACUCCAAUACGUCUAUAAACAGCCACACACUCUACCAGAACCCCCACUACAACGAGUCUGAUGACAUUUUGACCGACAUUGACGAGCCACUUUUUGGCUCGUUCAAGACAACAAAAAAUUACACCGUCAACUUCAACCAAAAUUUCGAUCAGCUUUUACUCUCCACAUAUCAAUACUUCCUUGGGUUGCCUACCACUACGCCCUUUCUGGGCACUAUUCCUCCCAGUGGGCUUGUUUCCAAGGUAUCCAACGAUACCAUGAGCAAGCUCAUUCAAUCUACUUCAUCUUCCGCAUCCAACCCACCUUCAUUCGACCAUCAGAACAUUGUCUCUCAUGACUUCUUGAGAAACCACUCGUACAAGCCGAUCUUCUUGCAAUUGAUAAGGAAAAGAUUGAUCGAUUUGUGUAGCUGUCACCAGAACGGCUUGCCAUUACCACAGUCCACCAGUAUCACCAUAACUGUUACAAGUGGCGGUGGCAAUGGGAUGCCCUUCACCACCACUACUACAGCCAGCAACAGUAAUAAUGGCAUGCCACCAAACAUCAGACAGUCAUCUAUAUCGAACCUUUCGUUGACCGAGCUCAACAUCUCGAACUACAAUGCACUGAAUGGGACCAAGAACUCUGCUGUUGCUGCUGCUGCUGCCAUGGAUAACCGCUCAAGAUCCUCGUCCAUAAGCUUGCGUAAACAGUCUUUGACAAGAAACAAUUCAUACUCAGGGAACAACUGGUUGCAUGUUGGAAACCUCAACACCAUCAAGCCUGAGGCCCCCCAUCCAAAGUACUCUACUAUGCAUAACGACAAUUUGAGUACCGAUUCGUUGCAGUCAAUACAAUACUACGUUCCUCAAUCUUUCAUCAACAAGAGUGGAACGAACAACAGCACAAGCAAUAGCAAUAGUAACCUCAACAACAACAACAACAACAACAACAACAACAACAACAACAACAACAACAAUUCACUUCAUCCUUCACUUUCCAAUUCUAAUGGUUUCAAUUCUAUGAUGAUGGACUAUCAAACUCCACCUAGUUCUCAAAAGGGUUCUAUUUCUCAUCAGAUCACUCCUCCAUCAAAUUCUUCAUCGUCACAUCAAAUAUUUAAUUCCGGUAAUGAAAAUAUGGUUGAUGAUUUCAGCUUCUAUCUGAGUAGAUCCAGAUCUUCAUCGAGAGGUACCACUUUACCAAAAGCAUUGCACAUAAACACAGAUGCUGUGCACAACGCCAGUAAAAACGGAAGCUUCAGUAGCGCUAGUAGCAUCAAUGGUACUACUGACACUUUGGAUUCACCUUUCAUGUCGUCCAGUAAGACAUCCGACGAUUGUGGAUACUUCACCAACGGAUUCCCAGUGAGUCAAAACGGCAAUAUUCCUCACAGUCCUAUGUACGAUAAUGACAACUCGUCCAUCUCAUCUGCGUCAUCUACUGGAUCAUUAAGAGGCACAGGAAUUGCUACGGUUAUUAGUGGAGCCACUCCAACCUUGACUACAGUGACUAACAGUCCGGGAUCCAGCGGUUCUGGAUUAAACCCCGCAAUGAACUCUUCAUUGUCGAGUACUGGGACCAAUCCUCCUAGUGCAAGCGCAUCUACUGGAGCAGCUGCACCUGCAAACAAGGAUUCUAUCAAUUUGCCAAGUCAGUUUAGUUUAAGUGAAAAGAAGAGAGAUUCAUUGAAGUUGAAGAGAGGUAUUCACUAA